AUGCUUUGCCAGGAAUCCAGCUCUCCUGCAGAUGGAGAAUCUAGAGUAGGGGCUCUGGGAGGGCAGGCAGGAGCGGAGCCCCCGCCCGGCUGCACCUGGCCCCGGCGCCCUCUGUCUGUCCCCAGGUGUGCUGAUGUGAUGGGGGGUUGUCGGAGACCAGGGGUCUCCCUGGACGGCGACGGCUUGGACCUGCGCAGAGAAGGAUCAUUCUGCUUGGGAGGAAAUGAAAGUAACAGGAAAGCUCUAAAAACCAGGAUGCCUCCAGUCACAUCUGAAGAGUCAGACACCAAAAUACAAGAUACAAGCUCCGAGAAAAAUUCACUCAGAGAUGUGACCACAAACCUGGACCCUAAAAAUCUUGAAGAAUCAACCAGAAUGAUGCCAGAGCAGACAGAAAUAGGGACUGGGAAAGAAGGCUUGGUCAGUCCAAAAAGCAAACCCCCUGGAUCGCCUAUUAUCAACGAGUAUGCUGACGCCCAGCUACACAACCUGGUGAAGAGGUUGCGUCAGAGGACAGCCCUGUACAAGAGAAAGUUGGCAGAAAAUGACAUAUCCUCCGCUGAAGCCAGCCCCCAAACCGCAAAGCCCACAGCGGUAUCCUCAACACAAGAAAGCAAUGCUAAGCUCAUAGAAAAACAUUACUAUCACGUGUUGUGUUGGAAAGUCCAAAAGAUGCCUCUGACAGAGUACCUAAAGCGAAUCAGACUUCCACAAAGCAUAGAUUCGUACACAGAUCGCCUCUACCUCCUGUGGCUCUUGCUCGUCACCCUCGCCUAUAACUGGAACUGCUGGCUUAUCCCCCUGCGCCUCGUCUUUCCAUACCAAACACCGGACAACACGCAUUACUGGCUCAUCACGGACGGCGUGUGUGACACCAUCUACCUUUGCGAUCUGCUGUUGAUCCAGCCCAGACUCCAGUUUAUAAGAAGAGGAGACAUAAUAGUGGAUUCAAAUGAACUAAAGAAACACUACAGGAGUUCUACAAAAUUUCAGCUGGAUGUUGCAUCAAUAAUUCCGUUUGAUGUUUUCUACCUCUUCUUUGGGUUUAAUCCAAUAUUUAGGACAAAUAGGGUAUUAAAGUACACUUCAUUUUUUGAGUUUAAUCACCAUCUAGAGUCUAUAAUGGACAAGGCAUAUAUCUACAGAGUCAUUCGAACAACUGGAUAUUUGCUGUUUACUCUGCACAUUAAUGCCUGUAUUUAUUACUGGGCUUCAAACUAUGAAGGAAUUGGAACUACUAGAUGGGUGUAUGAUGGUGAAGGAAACAAGUAUCUGAGAUGUUAUUAUUGGGCAGUUCGCACUUUAAUUACCAUCGGGGGCCUUCCAGAACCACAAACUACCUUUGAAAUUGUUUUUCAACUGUUGAAUUUUUUUUCGGGAGUUUUUGUGUUCUCCAGCUUAAUCGGUCAGAUGCGAGAUGUAAUUGGGGCGGCGACAGCCAAUCAGAACAACUUCCGGGCCUGCAUGGACCAGACCAUCGCCUACAUGAACACUUACUCCAUUCCUAGGAGUGUACAGAACCGGGUUCGGACUUGGUAUGAAUAUACGUGGGACUCGCAAAGAAUGGUAGAUGAGUCCGAUCUGCUUGAGACCCUGCCCACCACGAUGCAGUUGGCUCUCGCCUCUGACAUGAACUUCAGCAUCAUCAGCAAGGUCGAGUUGUUCAAGGGUUGUGAUUCGCAGAUGAUUUACGACAUGCUGCUAAGAUUGAAAUCCACUGUCUAUUUACCUGGUGACUUUGUCUGCAAAAAGGGAGAAAUUGGCAAGGAAAUGUAUAUCAUCAAGCAAGGAGAAGUCCAAGUUCUUGGAGGCCCUGAUGGUGCUCAAGUUCUGGUCACCCUGAAAGCCGGGACAGUGUUUGGAGAAAUCAGCCUUCUGGCUGCAAGAGGAGGAAACCGUCGAACCGCCAACGUGGUGGCCCAUGGGUUUGCCAAUCUCUUAACUCUGGACAAGAAGACCCUCCAAAAAAUUCUAGUGCAUUAUCCAGAUUCUGAAAAGCUCCUCAUGAAGAAAGCCAGAGUGCUUCUAAAGAAAAAGGGUCCGGCCGCGGAGGCAACCCCUCCAAGAAAAGGACUUGCCCUUCUCUUCCCUCCAAAACCAGAGACCCCCAAAAUGUUUAAAGCUCUCCUUGGAGGCACAGAAAAACCAGAUCUCUCAAGACUACUCAAAUUGAAGAGAGAACAAACCAUUCAGAAAAAAAGUGAAAAUUCCGAAGGAGGAGCGGGUAGAGAAAAAGAAGGUGAAGAUAAAGGAAGAGAGUCGGCAGAGAAACCACUGGACAGAUCCGAACAGACAGCAAGUUCUGUCACAGCAGAGGAAACGCCCCAGCCGACUAGCAGGGCAGCUUUACCCAGAGAAAGUAGCCAUCAAUCACUCAUCAUCAGCAUGGCUCCUUCUGCGGAGGCCGGGGAAGAGGUUCUGACGAUUGAGGUCAAAGUAAAGGCUAAGCAAUAA